ACUGAAAGAACGAAAUUCAUAAAAUUCCUAAAAAAAAUGACGAAAUGUAAUGGAGUUAAGUGCAUUACGAAAAUAGAUCAUUAAUAUGUUCUAAGAAGAAAAUACUGUGAUAUGCAAUAAUGCCAUAACAAAGGAGGGUGUGAUUGAACAACAGUACAAAUCAAUGAGUAUUUCAGUAUUUUUGCAAUAAUAAAUGCGAUUAAGUAAAGAUUAAUACUUAAUUUUUUUAACUAAAUGCGCAAAAUCAUAAACCCUUAUGAGCUUGCGCAAUAAGUCAAGGUAAUGUUCCACCACAGAUAUUUUCUAGAAACUUAUUGUACCUUUAAGAGCUCGAUAAGUUGUUUCACUUACAAGGAUAAGAUUCUAUUACAAUAUUCACUACAGAAAUUCUUUUAUUAUCAAUUAACAAAUUUAUCAACUGUUUAGAAGCAUUUUCUAGUUCAAGUUAUACCAUAUCAAUUGAAGAAGCUUCAUUCAAAAAUAAACAGAAUAUUUUUUUAAAUAAUCUGUACCACUUGUGAUUAUCAACUUGGUAUAGGACGCGUGAUACUUUCAUAAAAUUUCUUACGGAAACGGAUAUCGAAUAGGAGGGUGCAUGCUGGAAUACCAGUGGACAAAAGUUAGACGAACAACGUGUAUUCGGCGAUUCCUUAUGCCCAGCAAACCAUUCUAUCGAUUUUUCUUCAGCUCGAACAAUAUUCAGUACCUGAAAGGUUGGCCAAGGCGUUGGAAUUAUUUGAAUAUUAACAGCUACAUUUAGAAAAUAGGAAUCAACGAUGUCAAGUGAUAAAUUAAACAGUAUUGAUGAUGUAAAUGGAGAAAAAGUAUCUUACUUCUCAGGGAGAGAAAUACAUGACCAUGUAAACAAUGAAAAAAAUGAUAAUCACCUGAAGGAUACAUCAUAUAAAAUACAAAAUGAAUUUUUGGAGAAUAUUUCAGAUAAAUCACUACUUAACUCACAACAUAAACAUACAAUACUAUUUGAUUGUUCAAAAUACAACGUUAAUAAUCCAGCGACUUUGUCAAGCUCAGGUAUUGAGGACAAUUUGAAUUUGUCUCUGAAUAUUGAUACAGCAAAUAUCAAUUCAUUGCCAUCAAAUAAAAAUAAAAGUGAAUAUGAAAAUGACAAUUGGUUACUAUCAAGUAAAUAUGAGCAUUAUUUGAGCGAAGAUAAGAAAAUAGAUGAAGAUAAUCAUUUUAUUUCUCAAUCUCUAAAUGUACUUGAUAUGAUUGAUGACAUGGAAAUAAAUUUUACUUCUAAUUCAGAUGAAUGUAUGAAAUCAGAGAAAAAAACAGGCAAAGCUCCGAAAAUACCAGAUGGUGGUUGGGGUUGGAUGGUUGUUUUAGCGUCACUGAUCAUUUCAAUGAUAGCCGACGGGGUGUCAUUUAGCUUUGGUUUACUUUACAUAGAAUUUCUCGAAGAGUUUAGAGCAUCAAAAUCUAAAACUGCUUGGAUUGGAUCUUUAUUUAUGGCUGUACCAUUACUCUCAGGACCAAUAAUGUCAGCUUUAGUUGACAAAUACGGCUGCAGAAAUAUGACUAUUUUAGGAGGCUUAAUAUCAGGAACUGGAUUUAUUUUGAGCUCAUUCGGCAAUUCCAUUGAAGUAAUGUACUUGACAUUUGGAAUACUUGCUGGAGUAGGUCUAGGCCUGUGUUACGUGACUGCAGUUGUAAGUGUUGCCUACUGGUUUGAUAAAAAAAGAUCACUUGCCGUUAGUUUAGGCGCUUGUGGUACUGGUAUUGGGACAUUUGUUUAUGCUCCAAUGACAACAUUUUUUAUUUCUGAAUAUGGCUGGAGAGGAACUUGUCUUCUUUUGGCAGGAACCUUUUUCAAUAUGAUAGUCUGUGGUACUAUCAUGCGUGAUCCAGAGUGGUGGAUUAUUGAACAAAACAAACAGCAGUCUGUAAGCUCACCAAGAAAGUCAAUUGUACGAUCUGAAUGUGGAAAAUCAUGUUCAAGAAUCAGCAUUGAAGAUUUCUCGAAAAUUGAUGAACUAAAAAUGCUUCUAAAAAGUAAGCCAACACCUGAAUAUCAUCUUCAUAGCCUUAAAACAAGUGUAGUGGCUCCCUGCGAUAAUUCAUCAAUGUCCAACGAACAUACCUACUUUAGAAGUGUUGUCAAUCUACCAACAUUUAUUCGACAGAGUGAAAAAGUACCUUUGGAAGUAUUAGAAUCAUUGUCAGCUAAUUCUCGAGUUUACAAUGUUAUCUUAGAAAACUACCCGAGUCUCGUUCUCUGUAGGAGUAUGUCUGAUAAGAAGCUGGAAGAAUUAUCCAUCCGAGAAACCACCAACAAAGCUGGUAUUACGAUGUCAAUGAGAAUAAAACAAGCUAAGAUUAGCAAUGAAACUCCACCGAUUGUGACAGAAGAUUUCAAAGUAACUGAUAUGAUUGAUUCAAUUUAUAUAUCAAAAAAAAAUAUCAAUCUUGAUAAAGAUGAAGUAAUUAUUGAUGAAAAGUUGCCAAAACGCUGUACAAAAUACCUUUCUCGAAUUAACAGUGAUUUUGUCAGAGCUGAUUCGCUACCUUGGAUCAGACGACAACUACACUCCAACACCAAUUAUUUUAAAAAUAUUCGAGUUCAUAGAAACUCUGUGAUGUAUCGUGGUGCUGUAUUAAAUUUAUACAAAUAUCGGUUAAGAGCAAGUAGUUGUCCAAACAUUUAUAGGAAUAGUAUGACGACUCUUGCAAAAGAAUGUGAACAGAAGUGGUAUACUGAGUUUGUCAAUCUAUUGAGAGGUAUGAUGGAUUUCUCAAUGUUUUUAGAACUUCACUUUUUACUACUCUCCCUGUCAACAAUAUUGCUAUUCACAUGGUUCAUUGUACCCUAUUUUUAUCUCGCUGAACAUUUAACCAGAAAUGGAUAUUCCGAAUCGGAUGGCGCUAAUCUUUUGAGCAUUAUUGGUAUUACCAAUACUAUUGGAAUGAUUGGUCUUGGAUGGGCUGGAGAUCAACCAUGGAUGAAUAUAAUGAAAACGUAUACCGUUUGUUUGAUUGCAUGUGGAAUUGCGACAAUAUUGAUGACCGUAUUUACUCAUCAACAUGUUCUCCUUGCUAUCAGUUCAGCCUUAUUUGGUUUAUUUUUUGCUAGUAAUUUCAGUUUCACACCAAUUAUUUUAGUAGAAUUAAUACCAUUGGAGCGAUUUACAACGGCGUAUGGGCUAAGUUUACUUUGCCAAGGAAUUGGUAAUUUACUUGGACCGCCAUUAGCAGGAUUAAUUUUUGAUUUAACUGGUCACUGGGAUCUCUCGUUUUUUUUAGCUGGGGGUUGGAUCAUUGUAUCCGGUCUUUUAAUAGCUAUUAUUCCAUGUACAAAAAAUCGUAAAAUUUUAGGAAGUGGACCAAUUGAAAUGGAUCGUAUUGGGGAAAGAGAUUUAGAUUGAUAAAUCUGUCCGUCGAAUUUGUUUGAAUAAUUAUUUUUGUUAUACAAUAUAUUUUGUAUAACUAAUGUAAUUUUUCUGUGAAUAUUUGAGAAAAUAGUACAUCCAAUGUUAUUGCUUAUAAUUGAAAUAAAAUUUUUAGAAUUAUACAUAAUGUUUGAUAUAUGAUAUACUAAUUAAAAAAAAAAUGUUUUGAAAUUUAUU